AUGGUUCUGCGGCUCCUGCUCCAUCUCACCUUCCUUGGACAUGGCACCAUCAGGCCCUUGAUCCAGGGACAUGGCUCCCACCUGCUGGCGGUCGCCUGGCCAUCCCUGUUCGACCUCAACUCACCCCAGGAGGUUCAGGACACCAUCCAGAUUCCGAACAACGGGAGUGCACCCCUGCUUGUGGACGUGCAGGUGUUCGUCUCCAACGUGUUUAAUGUUGACAUUCUGCGGUACACAGUGUCCUCCAUGCUGCUGCUUCAGCUGUCCUGGCUGGACACUCACUUGGCCUGGAAUGCUAGUGUGCAACCCCGGCAUGCGGUCACACUGCCCUGGGACUCACUCUGGACUCCCAGACUCAACAUCCAGCAGGUGCUCUGGGUGGACUGGAAGGACCAGAGUCCACAGGCCCGAGUCGACCAGGAUGGCCAUGUUGAGCUCAACUUGGCCCUCACCACAGAGACCAACUGUGACUUGGAGCUCCUCCACUUCCCCCGGGACCAGAGCAACUGCAGCCUCAGCUUCUACACACUCAGCAACACUGUGACAGAGUUGGAGUUCCAAGCCCACGUGGUGAACAAGAUUGUAAGUGUAAAGAGAGAAUAUGUAGUUCAUGACUUGAACACCCAAGUCCCACCCCAGUGGCUGGUGCCCUGCUUCCAGGUGAUGUUGAGCCUGAAGAACACAGCACUAAAGUCCAUCAUAGCUCUGUUGGUACCUGGGGAGGCGCUGCUAUUGGCUGUGUGUGGGGGACUGCUGCCCCUCCGGACCACAGAGCGCAUUGCCUACAAGGUGACACUACUGCUGGGCUACCUCGUCUUCCAUUCCUCCCUGGUGCAGGCCCUGCCCAGCUCCUCUUCCUGCAACCCGCUGCUCAGUAAGCCUUGCUCCCUCACCUGGCCCACUUCAUUCCUCCCACACCUGCUCAGCUCCUUGGCCCCUGACCAUCCUCACCACUCUCCCCCUGCAGUUUACUACUUCACCAUCCUGCUGCUGCUCCUCUUCCUCAGCACCAUAGAGACUGUGCUGUUGGCAGGGCUGCUAGCCCGGGACAGCCUUGAGGCCAAGAAUAGUACCAGCCCUGCCCUGAGAGGGGGACAGCAAGAUCACGAGAACUUGGGGCCUAAUCCUGAAGAAGCCCCCAGAAGAGCGAAGGGGUCAAGGAGCAGCUGGGCUGAGGCUGCUGACCACAUCUUCUUCCUCAUGUACGUGGCGGGGGUGGUGUGCAGCCAGUUCAUCUUCGCUGGAAUCUGGAUGUGGGCAACGUGCAAAUCUGAACCUGCCCCUGGCAGGGCUGCUCCCAGGCUGCAGCCCACGCCAUGACGGGGCAGGGCAGCCCACAUUUCUGGGCUGAAGGGGGAUUUCUCUGUCCCCAGCUCCGAGCGAGGCUGGAGAUAGGGUUGUUCUGCCCCCCACUCCUGGUCCACCGGAGGCACCUGUGGGCACAAGUCUCUGCCUUCUUUCCCUUCUUUCCUGUUUCAGAAGCCAUCAGGUGGCCCCUGCAGGCGGUGGUCAAGGUCACAAAACCUAAGGUGUGAAGGGACCCCUGUGUUCUGAGAGAGUGUUGGCUUGGAGGGGAACAUGGGCUGCA